GGCGGGGCGUCAGGCUGCGCGCGGGCUGUUCCGCGCUCGUGGGUUCGUCCCGGUGCCCGCCCUGGAGGCGCAGAGGGCCUGCGGCCAGGCGAUCUCUGGCCGCAGAUGCGGCAGGCAGCACGUGAUUUUCGGACUCGGGAGACUCGCACUGGUAUCUGCACGUUGAGCUGAGGGGCCAGAGCGACCAAGGUUCCGGGAGUCCGCGUACGGAUUCGCUCUUGCGAAAGGCUGCCUUCAGGGGACGAUCAGCGCAGGGCGGGAAGGGCCGCGGGCUAGCACCAGCACGUUCGCCGGCCGCUGCUUACUUUGCCUUCGGUCUGCGACCCAGGUGUUGAGGACGAGGCCGCCGCGAGGCGAGCUGCUGGCCGCUCACCUUCCUCGAUCCUACGGCUGGAGAAAAUGCCGUCCACCGUGUCGCGGGUCAGAGGCGCCUUUCUCUUUUGGCUCCUCCGAGGUGCCGUAGGGGUUUUUCGGUGCGUCCCUGGCAACCGUUUGCGCGGGCGCCACCGUUCUGGCUCGCUGAGUUCCGCCCACAGGCAGCCGUGGUUGGCCCGUGGCAUCUGUCAAUCGAUACGACUCGCUCUGGUAUUGGCCAGUGGGCUGGAAGCGCGGUCGGCUCUCGGCUCUGUGAAGUGCAUUUGGCGGUGUGAUCCCCGCCGACCCAGGAAGCCAUCCUUGGAACAUUGUGCUGCUGAGUACCCCAUCAAUUCCUGAGAAUGAAGAUGGGCCCUCUGCUGUGUGCCAGACUCCUGUGCUCCGGUGGCCUGUCUCCUGGAAUUGAUGGUGAGAAUUAGUAGAGGAGGGAGCUUAGUGCCUGUCCCACCUGCUACCAUGGAAGCCAGAGGCUUGCUGGCCUUCGAUGAUGACCGGAGAUGCCUGUCUGGGAGCCUACCUGUACCAGUGCCCACUGAGGGCCCAGCUGCAGAGGCUGCCUCUGGGUCCAGCAAGCCAUUCUCCUCAGCCCACAGACACCUGAGCAGGAAGAACGGGCUUUCUAAGCUCUGCCAGAGCAGAAUAGCGCUUUCUGAAGACAGAUGGAGCUCCUACUGCCUCUCAUCACUAGCUGCCCAGAACAUCUGCACAAGCAAGCUGCGCUGCCCUGUGGCGCCUGAGCUCGUGGAUGCCGCUGGGUCCCUAGGCAGUGCGUCCUGCUGCUCCCUGCUGCGUGGCUUGUCUGCCGGGGGCACUGCACCCCCGUUCCCAGCCCCUGUGUGCAACCCUAACAAGGCUGUCUUCACUGUGGAUGCCAAGACCACAGAGAUCCUGGUUGCUAAUGACAAAGCUUGCAGUCUCCUGGGGUACAGCAGCCAGGACCUGAUUGGACAAAAGCUGGCACAGUUCUUCCUGAAGUCGGACUCUGCUGUGGUGGAGGCCCUCAGCCAGGAGCAUGUGGAGGCGGAUGGCCACGCCGCCGUAGUGUUCAGCACAGUGGUGGACAUCGUCAGCCGCAGUGGGGAGAAGGUUCCGGUCUCUGUGUGGAUGAAGAGAGUGCGGCAGGAGCGGGGCCUGUGCUGUGUGGUAGUCCUGGAGCCUGUGGAGAGGGUCUCCGCCUGGGUCGCCUUCCAGAGUGACGUGAGUGUGUCCAUUCCUUGGCCCAGGACCCCAGUCCUGCCUUCUGCACGCACCUCAGCCAGUGCUCUCCAUGGCUUGGCCGAGAAGAGCAGAGUAGGAAGGUGUCUGGGGGUCUGCCGGUGGCGCCCCUCACUGUGUGCCCUGGGGCAGGGAACUCAGUGCCCAUGCCUCAGUUGUCCUCUCCGUGAGGUGGGGGGAGGGGCUGUACCUGCUCAGGAGAUGGUGGCAGGCAGCACCUGGGUGUAUUGUUAUGAAAAAGAGCUUCUCCUGCGGCCAGGGCUUCCAGAGUGCGCGCAGCGCGUGAGGAAGUCAGAGGCCGAGGCUCGUCUGGCCCAGGAGGAGGUGUUCUUGAGAAAGCCCCUCUGGGUGCCUCUUGAACUUCUGCCCCACAUGAGAAGGGUCUUACUUCUGGCUCACAGGCAGCUUCAAGCCCAGGUGCACAGGGCUCUUGUUGCCACCCUGACGGGUGCCGUGUUUCUCCAGGGAACCAUCACGGCCUGUGACAGCCUCUUCGCUCAUCUCCAUGGGUUUGCCUCGGGGGAGGAUGUGGUUGGACAGCAUCUCACAGACCUCAUUCCAUCUGUGCAGCUCCCUCCUCCUGGCCAGCCUGUGCCAAAGAGUCUGCAGAUCCAGAGGUCUGUUGGCAGAGCCAGGGACGGCACCACCUUCCCUCUGAGCCUAAAGCUGAAGGCCAAGCUCAGUGACCAGGAGGUGGCCAGCAGCAAGGAGGCCCCCGAGCUGGACUACUGGGCAUCAGUCUGGGUGUUCUGCACCAUCAGUGGGCUUGUGACCCUUCUGCCAGAUGGCACCAUCUACGGCAUCAACCACAGCUUUGCGCUGACGCUGUUUGGUUAUGGACGGACAGAGCUCCUGGGCAAGAAUAUCACUUUCCUGAUUCCUGGUUUCUACCACUACAUGGACCUUGCCUGUGACAGUUCCUCACAGCUACCAGACCUGGCCGACUGCCUGGACAUCCACAGUGAGAGCAGGCCUGGGCAGAUGAGCUGGGACCCAGGCAGUGGAGCCCAGGAUCUGAAGGUGAACGUGGUACGUGCCAGUGACCACCUGCUGCCACAAGAUGAGACCCUGAAGCUGGCAAGAAGUCAAGGCAUCGCCCCUGCUCAGACACGGCAGGAAGUAGGAGCCUGGCUCCCUUCCUCCUCCUCGGAGCCCUCCCCAGGGGUAGACAGUGUCCCUGAGGGAAGCCCGCCCGCCCACGGAGAACAGUCAUCAUCCACGGACCAGCAAAGUGUCCCUGAGGGAAGCCCUCCAGCCCACAGGGAACAGUUGUCACCCAGGGACCAGCAAAGUGUCUCUGAGGGAAGCCCUCCAACCCACAGGGAACAGUUGUCACCCAGGGACCAGCAAAGUGUCCCUGAGGGAAGCCCUCCAGCUCACAGGGAACAGUUGUCACCUAUGGACCAGCAAAGUGUCCCUGAGGGAAGCCCUCCAGCUCACAGGGAACAGUUGUCACCCAGGGACCAGCAAAGUGUCCCUGAAGGAAGCCCUCCAGCUCACAGGGAACAUUUGUCACCCAUGGACCAGCAAAGUGUCCCCGAGGAAAAUCCUUCAGCCUAUGGGGAACAGUUGUCACCUAUGGACCAGCAAAGUGUCACUGAGGGAAGCCCGCCAGCCCAUGGGGAACACUUGUCAUCUAUGGACCAGCAAAGUGUCACUGAGGGAAGCCCGCCAGCCCAUGGGGAACAGUCGUCACCUAUGGACCAGCAAAGUGUCACUGAGGGAAGCCCGCCAGCCCAUGGGGAACAGUCGUCACCUAUGGACCAGCAAAAUGUCACUGAGGGAAGCCCGCCAACCCAUGGGGAGCAGUCGUCGUCUGUGGACCAACAAAGUGUCCCCGAGGGAAGCCCGCCAGCCCAUGGGGAACAGUCACUGCCUGAGAACCAGCAGAGUACCUCAAAAGAAAGCUCCGUGACCCACGGUGAGUCUUCAUUGCUCCAGGACCAACAAGAUGCCCCAGAAGGGAGCCCACCAGCCCAAGAUGACCAGUCACUGUUCAUAGACCAGGAACGUGCUGCCUUGGGGAAGGAGGAGCCUGCAGCAACAGAGGACCCCAGGCAGGGUCCCCUGGGAGAAAGCAGGUCUGAACCAGUGGAUACAAACUCCUGGGCUUCGUGUGGGGGUUCUGAGCCUCCAGGACCUGCUGAGGACAGGGACAGUGGCCUGAGUCUGGAGGCCCAGCAGGAGCUGAUUGGUGUCCUCAGCCCUAGCCCUUGGACUGAUCCUGCCAGACUCCAGCCCCAAACUGCAGGACAGCUGGCAACGGGGGGCCUCCUGAUGCACUGCCCUCUCUACAGCAGCAAGUGGGCCCUACGGCAACUGGCUCCCAGCCCCUCAGGGAGGGCAAGUAUCUCCUUGGGGACGCCCACUCUGGAUGAGCCUUGGCUGGGGGCACAGGACAACCGAGAGGAGCUGCAGACUUGCUUGACAAAGGAGAGGCUGUCUAAGCUGAGCUGCACAGGGCCUCUGGGCCUCUCCUGCCAUGAGCAGGUCCCAGCAGAGCACCCACCCUCCGCCCCCAUGUCCUUCUGCGAUCUUGGAGGCAGAGACCUUCACAGCAGCCACUUGGGCAGCUCCUCGGCCUGCUAUGCCUUGGCCACUGACCUUCCUGGUGUCCUCGAGGUGGUGGAGGCCCAGGAGGCCCAGGAGGCCCAGGAGGCCGAUGUGAAUUCUUAUUCCUGGAACCUAAAGGAGCUCUUCCUCAGUGACUUGGCGGAACGAGCUUCGUCCAGCUGCUCCUGUGCCACAUCUGAACUCAGUGAGACACCCUCUCCUGUGGUGGUGGGCUCUGAUGAGGAGGUGGGCCAUCUCCAUAGGCAGAGACCAGAUAUCCUGGGGGACAGGGAACUGUUGCUGUUGGCUGGCACCUACUUUGACCCUGGUGAUGGCCUGCAGUUCCAGGAAAGCCCUCUAGGGCACGAUCAGACAGAACUCUCUGAGAUUUGUUUGGUGUCCCCUGAACAUCACAAAGCACAUGACAUGGAGAGCCCGGACUACAUCCUUCCCACGUUGGAUGUGAGCCCUGAGCAUACGUGCCCGUCAGCAGAGGACCCAAGGCUAAGCGCUCAGGUCACUUCCACACCUGUGGCACCCAGGGCUGCCAGCCUGCAGCAGCAGAUCCAGGAGGGCACCUACUCUGGGAGUUGCUACCACCGAGACGGACUGCGGCUGAGUAUACAGUUUGAAGUGAAACGCGUGGAGCUCCAGGGCUCUGCGACCCUCUUCUGCUGCUGGCUGGUGAAGAACCUCUUGCAGAGCCACCGCAACUCGGCCACCAGGACCCGCCUGCUCCUCGCCAGCCUGCCCAGCUCCAGCCACUCCAUGAGCGAGCUCCCUGGGCCCAGCCUUGGGGAGAUGCUCAGAGCCAAGCCCUGGUUUGAGGAGAGCCCCACACCCGUGGAGCUGGCAGAGCUGGCCGCCUGUGAGGGGGAGUACUCCCACAAGUACAGCACCCUCAGCCCGAUUGGAAGUGGGGCCUUUGGGUUUGUCUGGACCGCAGUGGAUAAGGCGCAAAACAAGGAGGUGGUGGUGAAGUUCAUUAAGAAGGAGAAGAUUUUGGAAGACUGUUGGGUGGAGGACCCCAAACUUGGAAAAGUCACUCUGGAGAUCGCGAUUCUCUCCAGAGUGGAGCAUGCCAACAUCAUCAAGGUGCUGGACGUGUUUGAAAACCAGGGCUUCUUCCAGCUGGUGAUGGAGAAGCAUGGCUCUGGCCUGGACCUCUUUGCUUUCAUUGACUGUCACCCUAGCCUGGAUGAGCCCCUGGCCAGCUACAUCUUCCGGCAGCUGGUGUCAGCGGUGGGUUACCUGCGCUCAAAGGGCAUCGUGCAUCGAGAUAUCAAGGAUGAGAACAUUGUGAUCGCGGAGGACUUCACUAUCAAGUUGAUUGACUUUGGCUCGGCCGCCUACUUGGAAAGGGGCAAAUUGUUUUACACCUUCUGUGGAACGAUCGAGUACUGUGCUCCUGAGGUUCUCAUGGGGAAUCCGGUGCAGGGUUACCCUGCUGGGCUGGCUGGAGCUGGACUUGACCCUUGGCUUGGAUCCAGAGUGUCUGAUUGUGGUCACCACUGUGCCACACACUCCGAAGGCUCACAUGGGAGCUACAGAGGUCCGGAGCUGGAGAUGUGGUCUCUGGGGGUCACACUGUACACACUGAUCUUCGAGGAGAAUCCCUUCUGUGAAGUGGAGGAGACCAUGGAGGCAGCUAUCCACCCCCCACGCCCUGUUUCCCAGGCACUCAUGAGCCUUGUGUCUGGGCUGUUGCAGCCUGCCCCUGAGCAGCGCACCACUCUGGAGAAGCUGGUGACGGAUCCGUGGGUAACACAGCCUGUGAAUCUGGCUGCUUACACCUGGGAAGAGGUGUGUCGAAUAAGCCAGCCAGGUGAGAGCUUGCUUGGUGUGGGGAGGUGCCCAGGCUAUCUGGCCAGGGGAAGCCCCCUCCUCCUUGCUUUCCUGGAUACAUGUCAGGCCUCACAGCUGCCUGGGAGAAAGGAAUGGGUUCUGUGCCAGAGGCCACUGGAUGUCACCAGGGUUCAGGGAAUGGCUGUGGCCUUGAGGGAGGGCAAGUGCCCAGGAGAGCCCUUGGCAGGAGCAGUGGGGGCCAGGGCCUGAGGAGUGCAGCUGGUGUUGGCUGCAGAUGUGUGAUACCCUGGGGAUCAUGGGGACAAGGCUCUGGUACAAGCCAGAACCACUGCUCAGAGCAGGUGGACCAAGUUGGCACCAGUGGCCCUGGGCUUAAAAUCCCCCAGCACCUUGUCAUGUCCAGAACACUGACUGCGGUUUUUCCAAAGUCUCCCUCCCCCUCCUUGUUCCUCAGACUUGUAGUGAGAAUCUUCUGUUGUCAGGCAUGGUGACGCACACCAGUGACUUGGGAGGCUGAGGCACAAGGAGUGUAAGUUCAAAGCCAGCCUCAGCAACUUAGCAGGACUCUGUCUUCACAUAAAAUAUUCAAAAAAAGAGCUGGGGAUUUGGCUCUGUGUUUAAGUUCCCCUAGGUUCAAUCCCUAGUACCCCCACUUUCCCCACGCCCCCCAAAUAAAAUCUCCAAUUGUUGGCAUGGGACACAAAGUCUUUUUCCUCCCAUCAGAGAGCAACCUCCUGUCCACUGCAAGUUUGGAGCUGGGCAACAGGAGCCUGAGCGACGUGCCUCGGGCUCGGGGGCUCUGCAGGCUUCCUACCCCUAGCGAGUCCCCCAGUGGCCAGUGCUGCUUGUGUCCUGAGGACCCCUCCC